UUAUACGAGCACAUAAGCAAAUGCACAAUCGAACGUAAAUAACACAUAACAGUGUAAGUAAACGUGCAUUCCCCUUUAAAUCGUAGUUCACUGCAGUUUAUUGCCUCGAAAGAUUGUACCAUGCACUGCAUCGCAGACUUGAUGAAUGCCAACACUGAAUAGUUUUGAAAUAUGCAAUACUCUAUAAAUUGAAUGGCAGACAACAUACUACAAAUUAAUCUUGCAGAAAUCGUUACAGCACAAACAGCUCGUGCAUGAGCAUUAAACAAAAUGGUUCAUUUCUUAAACAAUUGCAAGUGUUUCCAUAUUAUUUGGGAGACUACAUUGGAUAACAAACAACUACGUUACAUACUUUACCUCCUCUGUUUACUUAGUUGUCGCGGGAUAGCCAAGGGCAAGGAAGCAGCGCUACAACGUCGCUUCAUGUGGAAACAAAUGCACUUAGAUAACUUAGUAGGCAACAUGGCCACCAGGCCAUACUCCAUAAAACAUAUGACGUCCGAUCUAGCGCCCAACGGACACUCAGCGCUGACAAAUAAACUAUUUAAUUAUUUACCCUCGGAAACUACCAGAGUAAAAUACAUCAUCCAUAACCCCACAACAAAGAAACCCAUGAAAAUUAUCAAAAUUCGACCAAGCAAAAAAAUUGUUAAAAUAAUAACGAAGCCAACGAUUACUACCGACUCGAAAACGGUAAAUUCCUACAAAAGCACAAUGCCCGCGUAUCUCAAUAGUGACCAAAUGGAGAAGAUGGAAAAGGAACAAGAGUUAAUUGCAGAAGGACAAUUAUCAGUUAAAAGCGGCGAUGUUUAUCAACAAAAUCUUCUUUCCGAGAAUGAAAAAUAUUCACUACAGGCAUCCCAAGAAAUGACAGAUGAACAAAAUUCCUGGUUGCCAGUUUUUGACACUAGUGAAGUAGGUUCUACCAAUUCCCCACUCAAACCAAAUACACUAAGUCCACUACACACCAGCUUUAUGGCAGAAAGUCUGCCUAAACCAGAAAAACAGAUUUCUCAUCAAACGUUAUUGACCGUUGGAGAGCAAGAUCAAUACAAUGAUCAUGAUUACCAAAACCAAAAAAUACAGUCAAAUGGUUAUGAAGUCACUGAACAUAUUGCUGAAGAGUCUAUAGCAAUACCAUUAAUGCAAGGUUCACAUAUUAGUCUUCUAACUACUCCAUCCAAAUUUUCUUUGAUACAACCCACUAUCACUGCGUAUAGAGAUAAGUUUGUAUCAACGAUCACACCAAGUACCUUGACGGAGGAGCCACCAAACUACCCAGCCAAUUUCUUAAGGCGUUUUCAGGAACGGUUACAAACGACUACAAUCUUACCCCCUACGAAUUCUGCAAGUGCUGGUCUACUGACGAGAUCAAAACAACGGAAGAACUCAGAAGAACUUAACGGCGAUUGGACUCCAAGCAAUAUUAGUAACCCUAGAGACGCUUUCAAGUUAAGAGGUCGGUUUCACAGUUUAUCCUCCCGGGUUAAAACUGAAAAAUGGCCACCAGAGGUUGCAACCUCCACAUCUCAAUUUCCUUCUGAUAAGCUACCAAUAUUUGGCAACUAUGGCGAAAUGCGACAUUCAGUAUUAAUUUCUACUACUACAAACCCAAUAUUAGCAACAGAUAUCAAAGAGCAAGUCACCUCUCCUCCAACAGGCAGAUCGAGAAAAGCACCACCUUCUGCGGCAGUUAAGGUCAGACAAACGCUCGAAUUACCGAGACUUCAAAGUAACCGAGAACAUAAUCGUGGAUCUAUUAAAUUUGGUGACAAAAUCUUUACGUAAGAAUUGGUUUAGGUUUGUGUACAUCCUAAUUUCUUAUCUUUCCUCACAUCUGUUAUGCACAAUGAAUACUCAUUUACUUAGCAAUAGAAACCAAAUAUAAUUAAAUAAAUUUUGUUGUUGUAGUGAUUAGCUAGACCAUGUUUAGGCAACAAUACGCAAAUUGAAUUGAAUUGAACAAAAUCUUGUGGCCCGGAAUCGUGCUGUUCCAAAAGGGUCGGAUAUUGGGAAAGGACUGUUGAAAGAUGACUUUAUUUCAUAGAUUAUAGUCAAGAGGGGACUCAUUGCACGCAGUGCAUAUAUUUGAUAGGACGGGACCGAUUCUACAUAAAUAUUAAUUAAACCUGCUACAUUUGCCAGAACGAAUUUGCAUGGAAAAAGUCAGUAAAGGUGUUAAUAGCUCCACUUUGUCAAUAAUAUGGUCACAUAGUCAAGGAAUGACCUCUUUAAACUUCUAGGAUGCGGUUUUGCUCCAAGCAGAUGAAUGCAAGGAUUAUUUUUACGAAAACAUUGUGUUUCUUACCCGGAAGCGUUUACUAAACUCAGACUAGAUACUUUAGCAUCAAAAUGCUUAAGUCAUAUGKGCUGAGGGACUUAGACUACCAUCUUGACAAUGACAUCUUUAACCUAAUCAUCGGUGACAGUAAGAGACUCGCAGCCUUUUAGCAUUUUGUACCGUCAUCGGGUAACACGUCUUUUGGUCUUGGCAGUUCAACAGUGCAGGGCAUAUUGCCGAUUAAAAUACGCUACGCAUAUUCAUCCUAUCCGCUCGCGUUGGAAAAGGACUUUACAGGAGUCCAAAGCUUACUCACUCCGAUGGAGGGGUUACAGAAUUUAUAGCGCUGCACCCAUUUCGUUUGCUUAUGUUUAUUUAACAUUUGCCAAAUCUCCACAUUGCGACUCCUUAUGCGGGUACGACAGGGAUUGGCCUCAAAAUGAACAAAACCCGUAAAACUAACGAAAACGACAGGAUUUAUGAACAGAAACCAACUCAUGCUGUCGCAUUCUAGAACGAUUGUAACAGAUUUUAAACCAAAUGAAAAACAAGAAAAAUUUCAAAACCACCAUAUUGCCAGAAUAGUGACGUACUCCUUGUGACUUUUUUCUGUUUGGGAAACUGAAAAGUCCGCUUCGGGAAAUACGCCAAGAAUUUAUUGAUUGAAGGCAAACUGUUUGCAUCGUAAACAAACAGCUGACAAACACCCACUAAUUGACACAUAGAGAUCAAUCUUUAUAAACAUAACAAAGAUUGUACCAAACCAACCAAAAAUUUGUAUACAUAACGGUUUGCACACGCAGUUAAUUUGUACCCGAAACUGCGUUAAAAUAUGUUAGUUUAAAGGUUGCUGCAUUGUUUUAGAUAAUAUAAUAAUAUAUACAAUAAAUGAAAAAUGCUUCUGUUAA